AAGCUUCUUCACUACCAUGGGUAGUAAGACUCUGCCAGCUCCGGUGCCCAUCCAUCCUUCCCUGCAGCUCACCAACUACUCCUUUCUGCAAGCUUUCAAUGGCCUGCCAACAGUGCCUUCAGACCACCUCCCAAACCUCUAUGGCUUCAGUGCCUUGCACGCUGUUCACCUGCACCAAUGGACCCUGGGCUACCCGGCCAUGCAUUUGCCCCGUUCCUCUUUCUCCAAAGUGCCUGGCAUGGCCAGCCUGGUGGACGCCAGGUUUCAGUUGCCUGCCUUCCCUCUGUUCCCGCACAUCAUCCACCCCAAGCAAGAAGCCACCGGCGUGCCUCUCAAAGCCAAGCCCAGAUUUGAUUUUGCGAAUCUCGCCGUGGCGGCCACCCAAGAGGACCAUUCGAAACUCGGACAAAUCGAGAGCCAAGGCUCCUCGCCGGGCCUAGGCUCGUUGCUCGAGGUGACCAAGCUUUCCCCCGAGAAGAAACCCACCCGUGGGAGGUUACCUUCCAAAACCAAGAAGGAAUUUGUGUGCAAAUUCUGCGGCAGACACUUCACCAAGUCGUAUAACCUUUUGAUUCACGAAAGAACCCACACGGAUGAAAGGCCGUACACCUGCGACAUUUGCCACAAGGCCUUCAGAAGACAAGAUCACUUGAGAGAUCACAGAUAUAUCCACUCUAAAGAAAAGCCAUUUAAGUGUCAAGAAUGUGGGAAAGGAUUUUGCCAGUCCAGGACUCUCGCUGUUCACAAGACUCUGCACACACAAGUAAAGGAGCUUAAACCUUCCAAAAUUAAGUGCUGAAGCUCCCAGUCCCCGAGAACUUCAUUCCCCUUUCUGACUUUUCAGGUCAAAUUCAUA